UCAUAGACGGAUCAUCGUUUUUAGUUUUGUCCCCGUGGAACCGCGUCCCAAAUUUCAGAUCACAUAUAAAUCUCUCCUUCCGCGCCUAAGCUCCUGCUCUCGAAUCAUCUCUUUCUCUCUCGCUCUCUCUCUGUGCUUUUUUACCAGACGCUCACCGGGGUUGCAUUGUCCCGAGGAGGUUUUUUUGGAAGGUUUAUAGUUUUUUGAAAGCAAAUUGAUGGAGAAUAUUGAAGGUAUCUGCGGAGAUUUAAUCCCAGCCAAGGAAAACAUCGUUCCAACACCACCUCCAUUGCCUGGAUCUGCAUUCAGUGGUCAUCUGCAGAAGGGUUUGGUUUCAAGUGAAUCCUUGCAAAGGGGGUACAGCUGCGUCUAUACUGCAACAAGAGACCUCUGGGACAGCCUCUUUGACGAAGCCCAUAGAGCAGAUGCUUCUAUCCAUACAGAUCAUGGUGGCAUUGUAUAUGCACAUGCCUAUAUCCUCGGUAUGGCUUCUCCUGUGAUAAAAGGCAUGUUAAAGCAAUCAAAAAAGUCUGGUUGGAACCGGUCAAUCUCGAUCCGUGGAGUUCCACCUGAUGCCGUGAGAGUAUUUGUUAGAUAUCUAUACUCUUGCAGAUACGAGAAAGAAGAAAUGGAGGAAUUUGUAUUGCCGCUGCUGGUGCUGUCACAUGUAUAUGUGGUUCCCCAGUUGAAGAGAGAGUGUGAGAGGCAACUGGAUCGUGGUUUGCUGACAAUUGAAAAUGUAGUAGAUGUUUUUCAGCUUGCUUUACUAUGUGAUGCUCCUCGUCUCAGCCUUAUGUGCCACCGUAUGAUGAUAAAAAACUUCAAGGCUAUUUCUUCCACCGAAGCAUGGCAAGCAAUGCAGCAAAGCCACCCAGUACUCGAAAAGGAACUUCUUGAAUCAGUGAUCGACGAAGAAAAUAGGCAAAAGAAAAGAAUUAAGAAGAUAAAUGAAAGGAAGAUCUACUCGGAACUAUUUGAGGCAAUGGAGGCUCUUGUUCAUAUAUGUAGAGAUGGUUGUCGUACAAUAGGCCCACAUGACAAGGACUUUAAGGUGAACCAGCCGCCAUGUAAAUAUGCAGCCUGCAAGGGGCUGGAAUUGCUUAUCCGCCAUUUUGCAGGCUGCAAACUGAGAGCCCCUGGUGGUUGCACCCAAUGCAAGAGAAUGUGGCAACUCUUGGAGUUGCACUCUCAUCUUUGUGCAGAUUCUGAUCUCUGUGAAGUCCCGUUGUGCAGGAAUUUUAAGGACAGGACGAGGAAUCAGGGCAGGAAAGAUGAAAUUAAAUGGAAAUUGUUAGUAAAAAAUAUUCUGAGGACGAAGGGAAUAGCAAGAGCACCAUUCUUUUCGACGAUAGAAACCGUAUCUAAAUGAGGAAAAGAAGACUAGUAUUCUUUUGUAUAAACAUUCAAUCUGUAAAUUUUCCCCCCAUUUGAUUGCGCAUUUGCAUUCUCUGUACAUCACAGAUUCAAGAAAUGAAAACAAAGAGUUAUUUAGUACAAA